UAGCAACAUUAAACAAACAAUCACAUAGCAAUGGCAGACUUUGCCACAAUAUGUCGCUCACCAACAAAAUUAAAAAAGUGCCGACAGUUUCCCUAAAGCCUUUGCAAUCUUUGUCUGAAAAAAAAGUAGCACACUGCACAAGUAUAGAAAGCUUUUGCAAUCUUUGUGUAAAAAAAGUGUGACAAUGACGGUGGAAGCUGGUAAAGAGCGGGUGUCGUGGUGGUGUGUGCUGCAUCUUGAUCUCCUACUGUGGGGGCUGCUGGCCGUCACGCUACUGGCGCUGUUCGUCUACUACAUCAUCGUCUACUAGCACACAGAUAACUAUGUAACAUAAACAUGGCGAGUGGUCAGGAUCAGAAUGACAUCAUCUCUAAGGGACUCAACUCACCAGAACUGAGGAGGAAUCCGAACAUCCCAUACGUAGACGACAAUGUGGACCUAAAUAGCAUCACGAUAGAGCCACCUGAUAGACCGAAACGACUAAAGGAUGACCCACCAGAACAGAGGAAACUCCAUGCAGCAGACCUGGGAGCUAUACAUACACCGAAUAGUGAUACCAUAGUUGUAGAUACACCAGAAGGCACUCUAUACAUUACCCUAGAUCCAGAUUCCUCCAAAACCUCUAAACCAAACAGUCCGAGUACGGAAUCCACUGAUCUCUCUUCUCCGAGCACAUCCAAGGCGUCCGGAGCGCAGGAAUCACACGACCUGAUCACGAGAGAGCAGGAGCAGGAGCAGAGAAGGUCAGAUUUGAGGAGGAACUCCGUGUCGAUGCCCACCAUGUCCAACUUGGAGCUGAUGAAGCAGGACUAUGAAAAUAAGGAGAUCCCGGAACACCACGGCAGCUCCGGGUCGGGGCUGAGCGACGACCACGCCGACCCCGUGCUGUCUGACGAUGACCACGCCAAAACCGCCCUCCGCUCCCCGCGUCGCAAGUCGACGGCGCCGCGGCGCUCGCGUUCGGAGUUUAGCAUGGACGACGACGAAUACUCCCCAGCCACAUCACUCACCAGCGUCAAUUCACUCGCCAGCCUGUUGAAGGAGAAGCUACAGAGCAUACCGCAAAAGAUGAGGAAGAAGCCCACCGACUACAAGCUGCGCGCAUUCGUGGGACUGAUGUUCCUGGCGGUGGUAUUCUUUGUGGGGUUCGCGUACGUGCUCUACCACCAGCAGGCGCUGACGAGAGCGUACUUCGACAGCGUGCAGUUCAACGAGCCCAAACGACUCAUCAGGAUAUUCAAUAAAGACGACGUCGAGAUACUGAAGGCUAAUUUAGCUGUCGGUCUGGCGCCCAAGAAGAAGGCGUAUCCCUGCCUCCCGGAGCACCGCAAGGCCGACGGCUCGGAGUGUCUGGAGUGGCUGCACGACCUCCGCUUCUACCUCAAGUGUCUGCCGCACGACCCCGGGGUAGACAACACUACCUGCUACUCCGUGCAUUGGAAGGCUUUGAGACCAGAUAUAUCACCGACUGACUGCUUCGACUGGGGCGACACAAAGGUACACUGGUACGGCGCGGGCCAGUCCAGCAACUUGACCUGGCCCCUGAACUUCGGCAGCAUAGACUUCACCUCCUUCAUCACCGGCGACAUGCAGAAGUCGCAGUGGAGCAACGUUCUCACGAGGUAUCUCAUCAACUCCAAAGGAGCAGCUAUCAUCGUCGACGACCAAACUCCACUGCAGAUCUCCGUCAACAAAAAAGGCAAAGAUAUCUGCAUUAGAGCUAAGUACGAUGACUUCGCUUAUGCGAACAGACUGACAGAAUUCCCUGAGAUGAGGUAUAACAUCUGCACGUCCAGAGAUAUGAAGUCUCUCCACUCCUCGAUUCAUAGUCACAGACAGGCUCCGCUGUGGGACGGCCUCAAGCCGGCAGAUAUGCAGACGCUGGACUUCCUCAUAACCGAGCCGAUCUGGCAGAUAGCGCCGCGGUUCAAGCACGAGCUUCAAGACGAAACGAUAUCCCGAUACACCGAGGACGUCAUAGACCUGGGUUUCCUGAAGCAAGGCCAUGUACUGAUAAACGAGUUCUGGCAAAAUGAAAUAGGUGAUCUCACUGUCGAUACUAGUCGAUUCGCGACGCUCAACGUAACCGUAGAUAAAUUACAUAGACGCGGAUUUAAAGUAGCGUUUACCGUCCAGCCGUUUAUAAGCACGGAGAGCAGAAACUUUGCCGAGACCGUCCAAAAGAGAUUGCUCAUAAGCGAAAGGAAUAGCGACCGACGCAUUCCAGCGUUGACUCGAUUCAAAACGCUGGCAAGCGCUGCAGUUUUAGAUAUAACGAACAACCGCUCUGUGCCGUGGUUUCUGGACAAGUUGCAGGCUGUGAUAGACGAGUACCACAUAGAUUCAUUCUUCCUCGACCUCGGAACUGCCUACGACAUGCCGCACUACUACCACUGCGAGAAACAAAUCAUAAACCCCGAUCAGUACAAAACGAUAUUCACGAAAACGUUCGAGAAGACUCUUAACGUGAUUGGCGUAUCUUCAGCCGUCAGUUUGCCGAGGCCGCCUAUAUUCGUAUCUCUGCCACCCUUCGAAUCAUCCUGGGAAGCUUUGAGGCUGGUAAUUCCGACGAUACUGACUUACGGAGUCAACGGAUUCCCGUUUAUAAUGCCUGGAGCGGUGGGUGGGGAUAUCUACUGGCCUGGGAGCGAGCAGUUCCUACCUUCAGCUCGAGAGAGGGGUUCCGUGGAGAUGAACUCGAACAACACGGUCCAGGAGAACGGAAUAGAGUUGCCGGAGCGAGAGUUGUACAUGAGGUGGCUGCAGAUGGCGACUUUCCUGCCCGUGAUGAAGUUCACGCACCUGCCCAGCAAGUACAACGACGAGAGGGUGCUGGAGAUGGCCAAGAACUUAACGCUGUUGAGGCAGAAAUGGGUGAUCCCGCUGCUGCUGAAGUUCAAGCGCGAGGCGCUGGAGGAGGGGCUGCCGCUGGUGCGGCCGCUGUGGCUGGUGGCGGACGGCGAGGCGGCGCUGCUCGUGCGCGACGAGUUCGUCGUCGGCGACGAGCUCGUCGUCGCGCCCGUCGUCAACAAGGGCCAGACCACGAGAGAAGUGUACCUGCCGGCGGGCCUGUGGCAGGACGGCAUCGACGGGUCGCUGCGGAAGGGCAACCGCUGGAUGCACGAGUACAAGGUGCCCACCGACCGCGUCGCCUACUUCCUGCGGAAACCUGACGAUAUGAGGUUCUAGAGACCAGGUUUAUACCGGCCACUGGUAUCUUAUACUGCCCGACGGGUUCAUUCAGACCGCAACGCGACGCGUAGAUACAUUUCAAUUUGUAUGGAUU